GCUUUCUAUUUUAUCAAUAGUGGAUAUAUUCCAUAAGACUUGCUAUCAAUACACGGUACAUUGAAAAUAGUAAUAAUAGAAAUGGGAAGGAGAGAGAAACUUACGAUUCCACGUGCGCCUCACGAUUCCCGAGAAACGAUGGCGAACCGAGUGAUCGGCAGCGCGACGAUAAAUACGUCUAAACAGUUGUAUAAAUAUUUAUUGCGUGAAUGCGAAAAAUUACCGAAACAUACGCAACAAUUUUACAAGCACUCGGUCAAGCAAAGCUUCAAGCAGCAUGUCUCGGAGUCCGAUGAAGAACGCAUCCAGCAAAUCAUGGAGAAAGCACUACUAGAUGCUAAAUGGGUGAUACAAAAGUAUAAUCAGCCAGGUGGUACUCCAACGCCCAAAUGAUAAAUCAACAUAAGUUGUAAUUGAAAUAUAUGAUAA